GGAAGACAGAAUUUUAGUUCAAGCCUGGAGGGCGAGGAGUAGUCGAAGAAGAGUUAGCUAGGAGGACGAAGUUUUAUUCCAAGCCAGGAGGACGAGGAAGAGAGAAGUAGCGACUGCACGGCGAAAGGUGCGAACAACAUGAAUAACAACAUGAAUAAUGGGAAUGGGAACAACAAUAACGACAAUUUCAAUGGUGGGUACGGGGGGAGAGGUGGGAUGACGUAUUAUGAGUGUGGGAAGACUGGCCAUAUGGCUCGGGAUUGUUGGUCGAAACGAGGAAGAUCGGGCCAGCAAGAUGAUGAGGUGCAUGUGUUUGUGAGGGAUCUGAUGGAAGAAAAGAAGGAGGAAAAAAGGAAACGGGCGGAGGAGGAGCAGAAGGGAAGAGAAAAAGAAAAGGAAAGGAAGAGGGAGCUAGAUAUAGCAAGAAGGACUGAAGAGAUGAAAUUGCAGCUGCAAGCGGACAUCGAAGACAAGUGGCGGAGGCAACAGGAAGAGAUGGCGAAAAAGGACCGAGAGAGAAAUUUACAAACGGAGACUGUGAAGAACGGAAGCCCGAAAGUGUCACUGCGAACUAGGACGAUAUCCAAGGCAAAGUCGAAGAGGCCGGUACGGAGAAGACAUGCUAAGAAGAGAUCGAGCAAACAAAGCACUGACUCGUCCACGUCGUCGGACUCGGAGAUUAGCGAUUCAGCAUCGAGUGACUCUAGCGAAGAUUCCGAGGAGGAGUUGUUGAGAAUGGUAAGACUUCUACGAGAAGAAAAGAGAAGAGUUAAGUCGAAGAGAAAACAGGCACGAGGAAGACCUGUGAGAAAGGCACCGGCAAGGACGUGCGAGAAAGGGGAGUGUUCGAAGAAGUCGACAUCCACGUUGACGCAGAGACUGGAUGCGGAGGAUGAGCCAAGAACGCCACUCACCAGAGGAGAUGGGAGGCAGGAGGUUGUCUUUACGUCAGGCCUAACCUGGGCGGAUAGGUGGAGGAAUGUAAAGACACAGUUCGGGAUGUCGGAGGUCAAGAUCGGGGGUCGUUCAAUGCUUCUGAGGCAAGCGAAGAAGUUGUGCGAGGUUGGAGGGGAAGUUUCUUUCGUGAAGAUCCGCAAGACGUCAACUAUGACGGAGCGGUACAGACACGAGCUACUGAGUCUACUCAAGCAUCCUAGGCGAGUGACGACACUGCCAAGAUCUCCAACAAAGAAGGUGGUAGGCUUUUACAGAGUCGCAGGUUUCUUCAGAAAAAAAGAGACAAAGGAAAGGCUGAAGAUCAAGAUUGACCGUGUUCUGAAGAGGAAGACAGGUGUUAGCAUACGUCGAAGAGUGACAGUUAAGUACCCUUUUGAUGCGUCCGUACUGCAGUCAAAGGUUAGGAGGAAGACUGAGGUGACGAUAGACGAGAAACUCCUAGAUGUAGUUGUAGCCACGUUCGUCAAGAAGAAGGUGAGACUGGUGUGCACGAAGAACCGGUCGGUAGCAAGUAUCGUACAUAACUAUAGGAGCUUCGCUCACACACUUUCGGUCGUAUGUCCAUGUGAGCGUUUUCAGGUGAAAAAACACGAGGGGCACGUGCUGAGAAGACUAAUUGAUAUUGAGGAGACACCAUUUUUUGUGCGAAAUUCCAAGAAUGUAACGAAGACGGACAAACAAAAUAGCAGGGAAGACAUUUUGCAGGGCAUCAGCACAGCAACGGCUUAUCUUGGAAAGUGUACGCGCGAACUGGAUGUAGCAACCUGCUUCCAAGAAAUUGGGGACAGGAGUGCAGCUUGGACAGAGAGGCAAGUGAGAGACAGGGCAUUACAGUAUGAAGGGCUGGUCCUGGCUCCAGUGGACAGAAAUCCCGGAGAUACGGCGCUGAUCUGUCCGAUCCUUUACAAGCACGCCUUCGGAAAAACCUUCACAUGGAACCCAGACUAUGAGACUGUGGCCGCAUCAGAGACAGAGGUCCUGGCUACGAGUAAACGGGACUAUGAGGAGACCGAUCUUAGUGAGCUGGGUAAAUGGAAGAAGGAUGGGAGUCUGGGAAAGGCGUACGUGUUACCAAAGGACAAAGACCUACAGCGUUGGAGACCGAUUGCGCCAGCAUGAGGGGAUCGGGCAGUAAUGGCACAG